CUGCGAUUUGCCAAAUCUUCAUUGAAUUAUUCAGCUCACUGCUGACUCAGAUUUCUGCACGUUUGUGCGUGCAAACGGCAACAGCAGCAAGAAGAAGAGAGCAAGGACCACCACACACUCCGCACAACAGCCGACACACAGCAGACACACAGCCCGAGGGGAGCGGGUUGUGUUACAGACAUACAAACAGCCAGCCAGCCCACACCUUGCAGCACCCGCGCACGAGCUGCUGCUACAUUCAUUCUCACAGUCAAACACGUGUGCAGGAAGAGACGCGUGGUGUUGUGCGUGUAUGCUGCGCGUGUGUGGACGGCAACUGCGGUCGAUAACGCGGAGGUGGUUGAGGCAACCAACGGUAACAGCGAGCAUGAGUGGGCAGCGGGGUGUGCACGCCAAGCACGCCAAGCACGCCAAGCACGAUGCCGAGCGCACGGCAGACAGCACGAACGUGACGAGCACCACCAGCGCCACGGCUGACAACACAAACACCACCACCAACAGCAACGGCGAUGGCAGCAGCAAGCCGCAGCAAGCGCAGCUCGGGCGCGUGGUGAAGAUUGCGGGCAACCAGGAGGACGUGCCGGACGACGUGGUCGCAGACGCCGUGGAGACACUGCGGGCCGGUGGCGUCAUUGGCGUGCCCACGGAUACCAUCUACGGGCUGGCGUGCCUGGCGCAGUCCACCCAGGGUGUGCGCCGCAUCUACUCCAUCAAAGGGCGAAGCGAACUCAAGCCCAUCGCCAUCUGCGUGCACGACGUCGCUGCCAUCGGGGCAUAUGCAGAGCUGAGUGUGCCAGAGCGCUUGCUGCGCGCCUUGCUGCCGGGACCCGUGACUGUCGUGCUGCCGCGCAAGCCCGCCCUCAACCCGGAGCUCAACCCGCACACGUCACUCAUUGGCGUGCGCGUCCCAGACUUCCCCUUUGUGCGCAAGCUGGUGCAGGCCCUAGGCGAGCCGCUCGCGCUGACCAGCGCCAACCGGUCUGGCGAGCAGAGCUGCAUCAGCAGCAGCGAGUUCUCGCAUCUCUGGGGCGAGCUCAACGCCGUGUACGACGCAGGCACGAUCGAGACCAGCGGCGCAAGCCGCCUCGGCUCCACGGUGGUGGACCUUUCGCGCGGCAAGGCAUAUCAGGUCAUUCGCGGCGGUAGCGCAGAGGAGGCGACGCUCGCUACAUUGCACGCGCACGGUCUCAGAGCAGCAGCAGCGGCGGCGGCCGGGGACAUGCAGGGACAGGCGGCCUCAACACAGCCAGCAUCAACAGCAGCACUGGCACAACGGGAGGAAGAGCAGGAAGCGCAUGUAGGCACGAGUGCGCGUGAUGAUGGUGAUGGUGAUGAUGGUGAUGAUGAUGGUGAUGAGCAGGCGUGCGACGAUGACGACGGUGGUGACGGUGGUGACGGGAACGGGGAACUGCGGUCGAAGCGGAGCAAGACAGACAGUGACACCAAAACGGCUGCAUAGCACAUAGGUGCAUGUGCAUGUGUGUUUGUGUGUGUGUGUGUGUGUGUGUGCUUUGCGUGUGUGUGUUUGUUUGUUUGUGUCGCCGAGGUUGUGGGCUGCUUUGGCUGCGUGUGGCUGUUCACGUGUGAUUGGCUGUAGGUCUUCUAUGUAUUGUGAUAUGUACAUGUACACAUAAACGGCAAGUCACGAAACAGGGUGGAG